AUGAUGCUCGACACGUCGGACGUUGGUUCUGAAGCACCGGAAUUGGAAGAAGCGGAACAGGAAGAACUGUACGAAUCAGCAGAGCCUCCCCGCAAAAAGAACCGUGGUAUUGAUGAUAGUAUCAUUCACGCGCAUGGUGAGCUCCUCAAAGCUUAUCUGAGCAUACCAUCACGAAUUGCCAAGAGAAAUUCCGAAAUCAGUACUUGCAGAGAACUACUUGAAGGAUACAGAGCCGAGAACAAAAUACGACAAAAUGAAGCAGAUAUCGAAAAGCAAAUGCGACGUUUCGGAAACGAUAAAGAGGAAUUCGUGGAAGGUUAUAUUGAACCUCUCAUAAAGUUACUUCGGGAACAACCGAUGAUCAAGUGUAUCCCUGAGAAUAAGGAGAUCAUGGAGUUGUAUGAGAGACGUCAUGAGCUGGAGGAAUUGAUAGAGAGGUAUGAGGAAGAUCCUGAUCUCCUGGAGCAUGGACAGGCGUUUUUGAACUAUUUCCACGAGAGAGUAUGGCAGGAACAUUUUGUUAGAGUCCAGGAGAAUGUUGCUUGGUGUGAGGAGGAUAUCGAGGAAAGUGAGAAGCUGCAAGUGGAUUUGAGGACUAUGUUGGUGAACUCUGGGAUUAUUUUGAGGGGGAGAGGUCUACCGAUGAGACGGAUAGAUGAUAGUGGGAAUCCUGUUGAAGAUUAG